UGGGAAAAACUGUUUAAAUGCAAUUCAGGGUCAUUUCGAACAUAUUUCCACGUUUUUAAGUGGACUAUGGUUGCGGAUUUCAACGGUAAGCACCAACAGAGACCUGUUAUACAUGCUGCUGUUCACAUUUUAUCUCAAACAGCACCCAUAAAUCCACAGCAAGCAACCACUGCUCCGCCUAGAAAGUACUCCUCAUCGCCGCAGUGUGGCGCCGCCAUCUUGUGACAGCCCACCACCAGUGGAAGUCCAAAAAUCUGCUUCCUCGCUUUUCCCAUAUCUUGGCUGGGAGGCUCUCGGCAGCAGUCGGGUGACGACUGCAUGCUGUCCUUCGGCGGACACCGAGGAGUAACGGUAGCGGCCAUACGGGGAAACACUCGCCUGGUAAGGACUUAUGUUCCACGUCUAAAAUUCGACGACGUAUCGCAGAACCAUGGGCGUGGAAGUCGAGACAAUAUCUCCCGGUGAUGGAAGCACAUUUCCAAAGAAGGGUCAGACGUGUGUGGUUCAUUACAUAGGUAUGCUGCAGAAUGGCAAAAAGUUUGACUCAUCCCGAGACAGAAACAAGCCCUUCAAAUUCAAGAUCGGACGCAACGAGGUGAUCAAAGGCUGGGAAGAAGGCGUGGCUCAGAUGAGCCUGGGCCAGAGAGUGAAGCUCACCUGCACACCGGAUGUCGCCUACGGCCUCACGGGCCAUCCCGGCGUCAUCCCUCCCAAUGCCACACUCGUUUUUGAUGUUGAGCUCCUCAAACUGGAGUGAAACAUUUUUACAGGGACCUGCUUGAUGCGCUGACUCCCCUCCCACCGCCAUCCCUCUCUUGUUCCAUUUACUCUUUAAAUGCAUCUUAACUCAUACUAUUUUGCAAUCAAAACACUCACUGCCUUACAGUAUUAGCAACUGAGUAUAAGCACAUGACAAAAGUCCCUGCAUCUUGACUGAUUAUUUUCUACAUAAACAUAACGCGUACACAAACUACUGACCUGACUGCAUCGGCACUUUAAUCAGGGUUUGUCCUACUGAAUGCUCAUGAAAAUGUUGCCGAGUUAGCUAUGUAUUUGUAACUACCCCCCCCCCCCCAAAUAAAAAGCAUUUACUGCACGCGCGUUUUCUCUUGUCAACCUGGUCUCAUGGCGUACAGAACCGUUGCUGCUUACCAUUUUGUUGACCAACUCUGUUCUGGAAUUAAAAUGGCAUGUUAAC